AUGGAGGAGCCGCGUCUACCAUCUCCAAUUGACCCCCAUACGUUCCCAGCCAAGCUCUGGCGCCUGGUGAACAGCCCCCGCUGCGGCUCCGUGCGCUGGGACGCCCGCGGCGAGGGGCUGCUCAUUGACCAGGCGCUCUUUGAGCGGGAGCUGCUAGGCACCGGGCCGUGCCUCGCCGCCGGGCCGGGCGGCGACAGUGCCGAAGUCUUCAAGACAAAGAAUUUCAGCAGCUUGGUCCGGCAGCUGAACCUAUAUGGGUUCCGAAAAGUGAUGGCGGGGCCGGCGGGCAGCGGAGCGGGGUCCGGGGCUGGGCCGGGCCCGAAAGGUGACGGUGGGGCUGGAGGCAGUUCCUCCGGGCCCCUGCACCACUUCCACAGCCCCCACUUCCACCGUGGCCGCCCCGACCUCUUGACCCAGAUGAAGCGGCUGACGAGAGCCAACAGGGCCAAGCUGGCAGCCGGGCUGCAGGCGUCCAGCCGCCCGGCCACCCGCAUCCAGCGGCUGAUGGGCUCCGUGCUGUCCCCGGACCUGCUGCCCAAGGCCAAUGGUCUCGGUGAGACGUGGUGGGGUGUGCGGGGCCGCCGUGGGUUGCAGAAGCGGUGGCUGGUGUGGGGGUGGAACAGGAGGAGCCCUGAGGAGCAGGGCAGCCCGGUCUUGCCGCUGGCCACUCGGUUCCCCCUCUGUAGGGAAGAGGCUGUAGGUCCGCUCAACCAUCGUCUGCCUUGCAGCUCACAGAGCAGCUGUGCUGGUUCGGCACAAGGCUCUCGAGGAGACUAA